AGAUUCGUUUGAGAUCUCGGAAUGUAAACGUUUGCUUCCGUAAAUUUUCCCACCAUUCAUCUUGCCGAGAGAUAAGCCGAGAUCUCGGUCGCUUAUCAUCCGACUGAGAUGACUGACAUCUCAGGCACCGGUUACGUGGUCGGCAGGUCGAAUCAGGAAGCCCAAAAAUCGCUCGAAUCCACUUCAGGGAGAGCGCCGCUAUUCCAAAGACUUCCCUGAUCCUGGGGUUUUUGUUUUGAAGGCUAUGGUCCUGCUCCAGGCGUCGCCGGUUCACCUCCUUCCCCUUCCCCUUCCCCUUCCCGUUCCCCUUCCACUUCCCCGCACUCUUGGGAGAUUCUCCUUUCCGGGGGAAAAGUUUCAAACAUGUUGUCCGAGUGAGACCACAUCCAACAAAGAAAUUGUUUCGAGACAACUUCUAUCCUAUUUUGCUGCUUCAGUUAUGUUCCUUUCUACACAAAAUCAGGCAAUUGCUGCAGAAUCCAUCCAUCACCAAAGUUUGUGCCAGAUUGCAAUGGCCACAAAUAAUGAUUUGAUGUUAAAAUCUGAUAGCAUGUCAGAUGAAGGAAAUGGGAUGUUAAUGAUGAGGGGCAUGACAGCUAAGAAUUUCGAUCCAGUUAGAUAUUCUGGAAGAUGGUUUGAAGUAGCUUCACUUAAGCGUGGAUUUGCUGGCCAAGGACAGGAGGACUGCCACUGCACACAGGGCAUAUACAUGUUUGAUGCUCAGACGCUGUCUAUCCAAGUGGAUACAUUCUGUGUCCAUGGUGGCCCUGAUGGUUAUAUUACUGGAAUAAGGGGAAAGGUUCAGUGCCUUUCAGAGGAGGAUAUGGAAAAGGCUGAAACUGAUUUGGAGAAGCAAGUGAUGAUCAAGGAAAAAUGCUACCUUCGUUUUCCCACACUACCAUUUAUACCUAAGGAGCCCUAUGACGUGAUUGCAACUGACUAUGAUAGUUUUUCUCUUGUCUCUGGGGCUAAAGACAAGAGUUUCAUUCAGUGCUCAGGUCAUUACCAAGAUCAUGGAAAGCGAAAGUCACUAUAAUCCAAGAGGUCAAGAACUUGAAUGUUCUACCAUUGGAGGAACUGCUUGGAUCCCUCAUGACUCAUAAACUGACCAUGAAGCAGCACACUGAGGAGAAAA